AUGUCUGCCACCGUCGAUGCCCUGUACACCACGUCCACCGGGACACCUGUCUCAGAACCUUACUCCUUCCAAAGGAUAGGCAACGUUGGGCCUCUCCUCUUGCAAGACUCCGACGCCAUCGAAGCUCUUGCCCAUUUUGCUCGUGAACGCAUCCCCGAACGUGUUGUUCAUGCUCGAGGCGCCGGAGCCCAUGGGUAUAUCGAGGUCACGCAUGACAUCACGGACCUUACUUGCGCCGCUCUCUUCAGUAAAGUCGGAAAUCGCGCACCUGUCACUAUGCGUCAUUCUCUAGUCGUUACUGAGUCCGGCUCUGCGGACACAAUUCGUGAUACUCACGGGUUCGCUGUAAAGAUCAAGACAGAAGAAGGAAACCUCGACUGGGUCUUUAACAACUCCCCCGUCUUUUUCAUUCGCGAUCCGUCCAAGUUCCCCGCGCUUAAUCACACCCACAAGCGAAACCCCGCGACCCAUCUACCCGCUGUUGAAGAAGGAUGGGAUUUCUUCUCUCAGAACCCCGAGACUAUUCACCAGAUCAUGAUAAACUUCUCAGAUCGAGGCACCCCUGAUGGGUACCAUCGCGUCCACGGCUACUCCGGUUCUACCUACAAGUUCAUCAACGCUCAGGGAAAGUUCACCUACAUUCGCGUUCAACUGCGCAACGAUCGUGGCUUCAAGACACUCACCGGGGCGGAGGCCCAGCGCCUCGCAGGCGAGAACCCAGACUACGGCAUUCAGGCGAUGUACGAGGACAUCGAGAGGGGCGAGUACCCUUCAUGGACCGUCUUGGUACAAACGAUGACGCCCGAGCAGGCCGAGCACUUCCGCUACUCGAUCCUCGACAUGACCAAGGUCUGGCCGCACGCCGACUUCCCGCUGCGCCCGUGCGCGCGCGUCGUGCUCGACCACAACCCGGCGAACUACUUCGCCGAGGUCGAGCAGCUCGCCUUCUCGCCCUCGCGCGUCGUCCCCGGCUGGGCGCCCUCCGCGGACCCGGUCCUCCAGGCGCGCCUGUUCGCGUACCCGGACGCGGCGCGCUACCGCCUGGGCGUGAACCACGCGCAGCUGCCCGCGAACGCGCCCGCCGCGCCCGUCGCGAACUUCCAGCGCGACGGCGCGAUGGCGCUCGACAACCAGGGCGCGCGGCCGAACUACGCGAGCAGCCUCGCGCCGAUGCGGUACCGGACGAGGGCGGAGGUCCAGCACGAGGUGUGGCUCGGGCGCGCGAUGGGCUUCCUGUCCGAGGUCACGGAGCUCGAUUUCGAGCAGCCUCGCGCCCUGUGGCAGAAGGUGUUUAGCGACGCCGACCGGGAGCGGUUCGUUGGGAACAUCGCGCCCGCUCUCGGCGGAGUGAGAAGCGCAGAGAUCAAGGCUCGUCAACUCGCUAUCUUUGCCGCAGUUGACCAGUCUCUAUCGGAUCGGAUCGCGGAAGCUAUCAAGGUCCCGCCCGUGCAGCCUCUGAAGGUCAAGUCGGUCGUCGAGUUAGAAGGGCGACGCUCUUCCACUCUGUUGAUUAAUGAGAAGACCGGAGAUUGUUAG